AUGUCGGACAUCAUUGGAAUUUUCAACGGGACUCAAACCCAAUUCGCAGUUAGAGGUGGUGGCCAUAUGACCAUUUCCAACGCUGCAAAUAUUGAUGCACCUGGUGUUCUCAUAUCUACGUCUAAUUUGAACAACUUGACCCUUUCGGCAGAUCAAGCAACCAUCGAAGUUGGCGCAGGAAAUACCUGGUCGGAUGUUUAUCGCUUCCUGGAACCUUACCAACUUGCGGUUGUAGGUGGACGAGCAGGUCUGGUUGGCGUCCCCGGGUUCCUCCUUGGCGGCGGCAUCUCGUUCUUCAGUAAUGAAUACGGCUGGGCUUCUACCAGCGUUGUUCAAUAUGAUUGCGUCCUCGCAAACGGGGAUAUCGUGUCGGCUACAUCCUCCAACGACUACUCCGAUCUCUUCUGGGCACUCCAUGGUGGUGGUAAUUCGUUUGCCAUCAUUACUGGAUUUCACCUCAAGACUUUCAGUCUCCUCGAGGUCGCAGUUGGCGAAAAUCAGUACGACUCGAGCUCGAGGUCGCAAUUCUUGGACAGCAUCUACAGCUUCGCACUGGAUGGCUCUAAUGACCAGCACGUCGGAAUUGAGCCCAGAGUCCAGUGGAUUCCGUUAAACUCUCCAGAAUUAGGCUACUACUCCAUUCUAUUCAACAACGGCGAUACUGCAUCUCCGCCCGCCCUCGAUAACUUCACGCAGACGAUGCAACCUAUCAACUCCUCCUUCAUUGUACGGCCCUCCAUGUACAAUUGGACGCAGUUUGCAGACUCUAGCCGGAGUCAGUUGCGUGGUUUGAGGGGUUCCUUUCACGUCGUCACUAUUAAGGCCAACCGACAAGCUCUUGACAUUGUUCACGAUGUGUUUUUCGACAUGAUGAAAGCACAGCUAUCUGAUGUGACUAAUCUCAUCGGCAGCCUUGCCUUUGUUCCUAUUACGGAACAUUUCCUGAGUGUGUCUGCGGCCAACGGUGGCGAUCCUAUGAAUGUGGACGCUACCCAAGGAACUUACAUCUUGGUCGAGGAGACUGUCCUAUGGACAGAUGCCUCCAGUGACGCCACAGUCGAUGCAUUUCUCAAGGAUUUUGACGCCAACGUCACCUCGCAGUUAGCUGACUUGGGCGACAUCUCUUCACCAUUUCUGUACUUGAACUACGCCGGCGCGGACCAGCCCGUUUUUCAAGGAUAUGCCGGCGGCAAUCUGCAGAGAAUGCAGGACAUCCGCGCCAAGUACGAUCCGGGUUUCGUGUUCACACAGUUGAUGCCUGGUGGUUGGAAAGUAGAAGGUGCCUAA